AUGCACUUCUCGCUCCUCUUCAUCAUCGCGGCCUAUGCCUGCACAGCUUCAGCAGCCAUAACAUGGACCCUCCAAAAAGCCUCAAACCCGACCGCCGACCAGAAGGAUGCAUACGCUAAAAUCGAAGCCGCAAUGACCAAAGCCGUCGCACGCUACCACAAAUAUUCCAACCCGAACAAAACUAUCCGCGUCUCCUACGCUCCUGGCGUCCCCACUGCCGAGGCCUCUUAUAACGGCGAUCUACGCUUUGGCUCGAACCGAUCAUACAUGUCGGAGAGGACCGCUAUGCACGAGAUCAGUCAUACGCUUGGUGUAGGGCAGACGGCGGCGUUUGAUAGGAAAUGUAAAGCUGGAGAUUGGAAGACGGCGCUGCCGUUGCUGAAGAGCUGGGAUGGAGCGAAUGCGAAGAUUAAUUGCGGUGGAAGUCACUUCUGGCCCUAUGGGCUGAAUUAUGACAAUGAGUGGAGCGAGACGAAUGCGAAUCGUCAUGUCCAGAUUGUGCAGGCUAUGGUUGCGGAUGGAAUGUAA